CCGGAAAACAGGUGGGAAAAGAAAAUAACAGCCUCGUUUCGUCGUCUCUGUCCUGCUAACGGAUGGAGGGUGUGGAGGAGAGAGGCGGGGCUAACCGGCCGCCCAGGCGUGGGAAAUCUCCGAGGAGACGGAGAGAGGGGAAGAAAUCCCACCGACAAUCAAACGGUCCGAGCGCGCAGGAGCGGGCAGGAAGUGACCAGCGAGAUGAAGAGCUUGAGGCUUCAGAGUGGCCUGCGGCGUUGGAGGAGACGAGCGAGAGCUCGUCUAAAAGACUGGAUCGAUGCAGACGAGCUCAUUUUCUUCAUGGACCAUAUCCCACCACUCACUUCGGACCCAAAGCCUGCGUCCUCCCCAACCCGACCUCGGUCAUGCACAUCCAGGACCCGGCCAGCCAGCGGCUAACGUGGAGCAAACCUCCACUGAACGUGCUGGUGAUCCGGAAGGUCAGAGACGAGGGUCUGCUGGAGCCCUUUAAGGAGCUGUGCAGGUUUCUGGUGGAGGAGAAGCGCCUGAUGGUGUUUGUGGAGAAGAAGGUGGUGGACGACGUCGCGCUCACAGCAGACGAAACGUUCUCCAGCAUCCGGAAGCAGCUGUGCACCUUCAGAGAAGGGUUUGAUGACAUAUCAGACUGUAUAGAUCUGAUCAUCUGUCUGGGUGGAGACGGAACGCUGCUCUACGCUUCCUCGCUUUUCCAGGGCAGCGUCCCUCCUGUUAUGGCCUUCCACCUGGGCUCCCUCGGCUUCCUCACUCCCUUCAAAUUCGAGUCCUAUAAGACGGAGGUGGACAAAGUGUUUGAAGGCAACGCAGCCAUCGUCCUGCGCAGUCGUCUGAAGGUGAAGGUGGUGAAGGGUUUGUUCCAGAGAAGUGAGCAGCUCUUCAAACCCGAGGAAAACGGAACCGGGCCUCCGAACCACAUCGGCACAGAGGCGGGCAAAAUCACGCUGCAGCUGCAGGUGCUGAAUGAGGUGGUGGUGGACAGAGGCCCCUCCUCUUACCUGUCGAAUGUUGACCUGUACCUGGACGGCCGCCUCAUCACCUCCGUCCAGGGAGAUGGUGAGUGUGGAGACGUCUACAGGCCUAAAGUUGGGAGUCGAUACACAGUCAAAAGUGUGAUCGUUUCGACUCCGACGGGCAGCACUGCGUACGCAGCAGCAGCUGGAGCCUCCAUGAUCCACCCCAACGUCCCAGCUAUCAUGGUGACCCCCAUCUGCCCCCAUUCGCUCUCCUUCAGACCCAUCGUGGUUCCUGCGGGAGUGGAGCUGAUGAUAACGCUGUCCCCUGACGCCCGCAACACGGCCUGGGUCUCCUUCGACGGCAGGAAGAGGCAGGAAAUCCAGCACGGAGACAGUAUUAAAAUCACCACCUCCUGCUAUCCGGUACCGUCGCUCUGCUGCCACGAUCUGGUGUACGACUGGUUCGACAGCCUGGCGCAGUGUCUGCACUGGAACGUCCGCAAGAAGCAAACGCGGCUGACCGACGGCUCGGACUCCUCCGACACCGAAAACUGACCUCACGGACACAAACGGGCACAAACGCUACGGCAGCACGCAGGAGUCCGAGCGCCCCCUGGUCCAAUUCCAUGUAGCUGUUGAUUUUCUACGAAGAACACAAACUUGGAGUGGAACACAAACAAAGCGAAGCUCACGCGCGGCUCGUAAACACGCUGUGCGUGCGUGUGCUGCGUGUGCGUGCGUGUGCUGCGUGUCUGUAGAACUUCCUCACGCUUAGAAAAUCAACAAAAACAUACGGGGCUGCGUGAACCUCCGCACCUGACUCUGUAAUAUGUUGUCACUGUUGUAAUGAAGCUCAUUAAUAUUAAUUAUAGCUCCUGAACUUUGAAUUCAGAGCCCUUAUUUGUCAGCGACCCACAAUAAUGUAACGGUGUAAUUUACACAGCCAAUCAGCAGCCUGGAUUUUGGAACAGGCUUGUUUAUUGGCUGAUGGCUUAUUGGCUGAACACCUACUGAAAUUUCAGUAAUACUGAAAUAAAUACCAUUAAAUCUUAAA